AUGAAUGAAGAUCAAGAAAAGCUCCGCGAGGUUCUACAGUCAAAGCCCUGGUUCGGCUUCGACCUAGACGACACACUCCAUGAAUUCCGCAAAGCAAGCCGCGCAGCAACAACACACUGCCUCAACCGCAUCGCCAACACAUCAGACAUAAAACUCGAAGAUCUCCAAGAGAGAUAUGGGAUCAUACUCACACAAGGCACCGCAGAUGCUUUUACGGACGGCAAGACUUCACAUGACUAUCGCCGAGCGCGCUUCGCUGCUACGUUGAGUCAUUUUGGGCUGAGUCACGACAUUGUCGAUGAGUUACUGAACGACUACGAAGGCAUCCUCGUCGAGAACUUCACUCUCAAACCAGGAGCCACAUCACUUCUCAAAGCUAUCAAAUCAUCAGGUCGAAAGAUAGUAGUCAUUACCGAAGGUCCCCAAGACGCCCAAGAACGAGCCAUCCAAGAUCUAGGCAUCGCCAAAUACAUCGACUUCCUCGCAACCACAAACUUCUUCGGCGUCUCCAAAACAUCAGGCCUCUUCCCCAAAGUCCUAGAUCAUCUCCGGAUCUUACCCAAUGAGAUCGUCUACAUCGGCGAUUCACCACAACGUGAUAUCGAACCCGCGACCAAAGAGGGCAUCUAUGCGAUUCACUUACACGAAACCCAAGCAGAGCCGCUUGUGCUGCAACCCCCGAGUAUCAACUCAUUGGACGUGCUAGCACAGCUCGUGACCCCGAUCUAG